AUGGCCGUGAAGAAAUCAGAGGCGUACGAGGCACUGCAGCAGCUGACAAGGCUGCGCAAUGCAACAGAGGACGAGAGCUUGAUCGAGGACAUUGAUCGGCUCACGAGCGUCAUGAAGAGCAAGCUCUUCAUCGCCCUCCUCGAGGUGCAAGACAUGUUUGAGCAGCGAUUUGUCUCCGGCACACCAGGCACAUCUGCGAUGGGGUCUGCGAGCACACAGCAGCAGCGGGCAGGGCGAGGUCCAAGCGGGCCGAGCAGAGCAGACCUGGAAUGGGAGGACGCAUUUGACUUUGGCUCGGAGGGUGCCAGGAACGACCAGGAUGGCGACAUCACUUCGCCUGAAUUUGUUGAGGAAAUCGAAGAAGUCAACCUCGUCUACGGCCCAUCGGGGAUUGGCAUCUCCAUUGCUGGCGGCAUCGAUCGACCCUUCCUCGACAACGACACAUCCAUCUUCGUCACGGGGCUGGUGCCGGGCGGUGCGGCAGAGGCCAACGGUCGCAUCUUCGCGGGUGACAUGAUCAUGUCUAUCAACGGAGAGUCAUGCGAGAACCGCCAGCAUCACGAGAUUGUGCAGAUGCUGCGCAACACCGACAAUUUGCAAAUCGUGCACCACCCACAGCAGGCACCGCCGGAACCAACGCCCAUCGAUUUGCAGCGGCUCAACGGAGGCCUCGGGUUCACCAUUGCAGGUGGCAAAGACACGCCCCACGUGGCUGGCGAUGAUGGCAUCUUCAUCACCAAGAUCAUUGAUGGCGGUGCUGCUGACGAGGACGGCCGGCUUGCUGUCGGCGACAAGAUUGUCUCUGUUGGCGGCAAAUCCAUCGUCGGUUGGAAGCACGAUGAUGUGGUGCAAGAGCUGCAGGCAUCGCCGCAAGUGGUACAGCUUGGGAUCGAGAAGAACGCAUACAACAAGGCUGCAGAAGGGCUCAGUCAGAGCCUAGGCUUCAAGGACAACCCUCCAGCCAAGUUUUCAAAGUCUGGCACGUUGUUAUCGCUGGGAACAACCAAGCCCGAAGAUGGUUCCCUGCCUGCCUCAUCGGCGGUCCUCAGAACGGAUCACCCAAGCAGAACCGUGCACGUCCACCCUUCUGCAAAAGGGAGCCUUGGCAUGGCGAUUGUUGGCCCAUCAUCUGCGCGGCCCACAGGCGACAACGAGCCCUCGGGCGUCUUUAUCUCAAGCAUCACAGAGGGUGGCCCUGCACAAGCGACUGGCGACCUGUUUGAAGGAGACCAGGUUCUGUCUGUGAAUGGCAUCGACAUGACAAACGCAACGUAUGUGCAGGCAACAGACAUCAUCCGAGCCAACUGCAAGUCGGCACUCGAGCUUGUUGUUCGUGCAAACCCAGAUGUGUACGCACUGUACAAGGCCAAGAUGGCAAAGCUGCAGAAGCGGUUUGUCGACGACAGAAAACAGCGCACCAGGAACACAAUGCCCGACAGCAUCUGUGUGCGCGCGCUGUUUGACUACGAUCCCGGCUCAGACACAGGCCUCACCACAAAGGAAAAGAAGAAAAAGCUCUUGCAAGUGCAUCUGAAUGAUGUGUUCAUCAUGAUCGAGUGGAAGGCGAACAAAGAUUGGUGGGAGGUUGAGAACGUCAACAACAACGACCGCGGCUGGGUUCCAAGCCCUCACAGGUGCGCGCGUUCCGAUGCUGCCAAGGGUGGUCUCAAGAAGCGCAGUCGCUCCUUCCGCUUCGCUCGGUGCGUCUUGUGUUUACGAUUGUCGUUCUCUCGACGGCGCAAGUCCAAGACGCCAACCCCGGUCACCUGCUACGAGAUUGUGGAGCAACACCAACAGACACCGGAUGUGAUUCGUCCUGUGAUUCUCCUUGGACCUUCCAAGGAUGAGCUGACAGACAUGCUGUUUGCCGAGUUCCCUGAGCUCUUUGGCAGCUGCGUCCCACACACAACCCGGCCGCCACGUGAAGGCGAGGUCCAUGGCGAGGACUACCUGUUCACGACGCAAGAGAAGAUGGCGGCUGGCAUUGAAGCUGGCGACUUUAUUGAGGCCGGGCAGUACCUCAACCACCUCUACGGAACAAGCUUCGCCUCACUGCAGGACGUGAUUCGCGAAGGGCGCGUGUGCAUCUUGGAUGUGAGUGCGCACGCCAUUGAGCACCUGAAGCGGAAGGACAUACACCCAAUUGUGGUCUUUGUCAAGCCUGCGUCGCUCUCCGUGGUUAAGCAGCAGAACCCGCAGCUGGACGAAUCAACAGCCCGCACCGUCUUUGACCUUGCAGAUGAGUGCGUGUUCAAGGACUUCCGGCACCAGUUUACGCAGGUGGUGGUGAACCAAGACAUGAGCCAGACAUACCACCGUGUCGUGCAAACCAUUCGCCGCCAGAGCAAGGAGCCAUACUGGGCUGCGGCCAAGGACCAGGCACAACUCGCCUCUUUUGUCGCCUAG